AUGGCUUCCAACGAAAGCAAACCCGUCCGGGCCACCGAUGCUGCCGACCAGCAGGACAGCCCCGACUACCUGCAAUUCGAGUCGCUGCCCGCCGGCGGCAAGCUGAACCGUUGGUCGCAGAAGAUCACCAGGGGGCAUGAUUUCCCCGGCGCUCAGGCCAUGCUGUACGGCGCGGGCGUGCCGGACCGCGACACGAUGAAGAAUGCGCCCCAUGUCGGCAUUGCGACGGUCUGGUGGGAGGGCAACCCCUGCAAUACGCAUCUCCUCGACUUUGGAAAGAUCGUCAAGAGGGGCGUCGAGAAGCAGGGGUUCCUCGGAUGGCAGUUCAACACGAUCGGCGUGUCAGACGCCAUCACCAUGGGUGGUGAGGGCAUGCGAUUUUCCCUGCAGACGCGAGAAAUCAUCUGCGACAGCAUAGAGUCGGUCACGUGCGCCCAGCAUCACGAUGCCAACAUCUCCAUCCCUGGGUGCGACAAGAACAUGCCCGGUGUCGUCAUGGCGGCGGCGCGUCACAACCGGCCGUUCAUCAUGAUCUACGGCGGCACCAUCAUGAAGGGACACUCGGAGCUGCUCGAGAGUUCCAUUAAUAUCAGCACCUGCUACGAGGCGUCCGGCGCCUACACAUAUGGGCGUCUCAAUGCAAAGUGCAACCCGGGAGAGCCCGGCCGUACUUCUUCCGAUGUUAUGGAGGAUAUCGAGCGUCACGCGUGCCCCGGCGCCGGCGCCUGCGGCGUCAUGCACGCGAGUGCGAGCGUGCGGCCCGAGGCCAUCAAGAUUGUCAUGGAGAAGGAUCUCCGCCCGCGCAAGCUCAUGACGCGCGCCGCCUUUGAGAACGCUCUCGUGCUGACCAUGAUCCUCGGCGGCUCGACGAACGGCGUGCUCCACUUCCUGGCCAUGGCCAACACGGCCGACGUGCCCCUGACGCUGGACGACGUCGACCGCACCAGCAACCGCGUGCCGUUCCUCGCGGACCUCGCGCCGUCGGGCAAGCACUACAUGGAGGAUCUCUACAAGGUCGGCGGCACGCCUGCCGUGCUCAAGAUGCUCGUCGCCGCCCAGUACAUUGACGGCAGCAUCAUGACCGUGACGGGCCGCACGCUGGCCGAGAACGUGGCCGACUGGCCGUCGCUCGACCCCAACCAGCAGAUCAUCCGCCCGCUCUCGAACCCGAUCAAGGCAACAGGCCACAUCCGCGUGCUGCGCGGGAACCUGGCGCCCGGCGGCGCCGUGGCCAAGAUCACGGGCAAGGAGGGCCUCUCGUUCACGGGCGCGGCGCGCGUCUUCAACAAGGAGCACGAGCUCGACACGGCGCUCUCUUCGGGUUCCAUCAAGCGAGACGACGGCAACCUCGUUGUCAUUGUGCGGUACGAGGGCCCGCGCGGUGGCCCAGGCAUGCCGGAGCAGCUGCGCGCCAGUGCCGCCAUCAUGGGCGCCGGCUUGACCAACGUGGCCCUUGUCACCGAUGGUCGUUACAGCGGUGCGUCGCACGGCUUCAUCGUCGGCCACGUCGUGCCUGAGGCGGCCGUCGGCGGACCGAUUGCGCUCGUGCGCGACGGGGACCGGGUGACGAUUGAUGCCGAGACGAACAGGAUCGACAUGAUUGAUGUCGACGAGGAGGAGAUGGAGAGGAGGAGGAAGGACUGGAAGCCGCCCAAGCCGCACGUCAGGAGGGGCGCGCUGGCCAAGUACGCGCGUCUUGUGGGUGAUGCGAGCCACGGCGCCGUCACGGAUCAGGCGGAUCCCAGCUGGUAG